UUAUUAUUCAGUCCAAGCCACUCCAACCAAAAUUCCUUCUUUCAAAGCUUUGCAGAAAGAAAGUCCUUAUCCAUUGGAUAUAUAUAAUUUCAUCAGUGUCAGAUUAUUUCUUUGAAUACCCAAAAAAGAAAAAAUAAAUACUAUAUAGUAGUACAUAUAUUAUCAGAAUGGGUAACGCAGAUUAUGAGUACCCAUCAAUUAUGGGAGAGCAGACAGGCAUAGGCAUACACAAAGUUGAAAUUCCACCACCACAACCAUUUUUCAAGUCACUGAAAAAUACAGUGAAGGAAACUUUAUUUCCAGAUGAUCCACUUAGGCAAUUCAAGAACCAAACACCCUUUAGAAAAUUCAUACUUGGGGUUCAAUAUUUUUUUCCAAUUUUCGAAUGGGGUUCUCGUUACAAUUUUGGGUUCUUCAAAUCAGAUCUUAUUGCUGGAAUUACUAUUGCUAGUCUUGCUAUUCCUCAGGGAAUAAGUUAUGCUAAGCUGGGGAACUUGCCACCUAUACUUGGCCUCUAUUCAAGCUUUAUUCCGCCAUUAGUGUACGCAUUAAUGGGAAGUUCAAGAGAUUUAGCAGUGGGAACAGUUGCUGUUGGAUCUCUUCUCAUGGCUUCUAUGUUGGGAAAUGAAGUUAACGCAGCUGAAAAUCCAACUCUUUAUCUUCAUCUUGCUUUCACUGCCACUUUCUUCACUGGAUUAUUUGAAGUUGCUCUUGGCUUUUUCAGGCUGGGAUUUAUAGUGGAUUUUUUAUCACAUGCAACAAUAGUAGGAUUUAUGGGAGGAGCAGCAACAGUGGUGAUACUGCAACAAUUAAAAGGAAUACUUGGUCUUCAACAUUUCACUCAUGCCACUGAUGUUGUCUCUGUCUUACGUUCUGUCUUUUCCCAAACUCAUCAGUGGCGAUGGGAAAGUGCAGUGCUGGGAUUUUGUUUCCUUUUCUACUUGAUGCUUGCCAAAUUUUUAAGUCAAAAGAGACCGAAGUUGUUCUGGAUAUCGGCGAUGGCGCCGUUGACGUCUGUCAUAUUGGGAACGAUUCUUGUUUAUAUAACGCAUGCUGAGAAACAUGGUGUUGCUGUGAUUGGAGAGCUGAAGAAAGGGAUAAAUCCUCCAUCAAUAAUGGAUCUGUCAUUUGGAUCGAAAUAUUUGACAACUGCUAUCAAAACUGGCAUAGUCACGGGUGUCAUUGCUCUUGCUGAAGGAAUAGCAGUAGGGAGAAGUUUUGCAAUGUUUAAGAAUUACCAUAUAGAUGGUAACAAAGAGAUGAUUGCUUUUGGGAUGAUGAACAUUGUUGGCUCCUGCACCUCUUGCUACCUCACUACUGGGCCAUUCUCGCGAUCAGCGGUGAACUUCAACGCAGGAUGCAAAACUGCAGUAUCAAAUAUUGUUAUGGCGUUGGCCGUGAUGGUGACGUUGAUGCUGCUAACGCCAUUAUUCCACUUCACUCCCCUCGUUGUCUUGUCGUCCAUUAUAAUCGCUGCCAUGCUCGGCCUCAUCGACUAUAAUGCUGCCAUUCAUCUCUGGCAUGUCGACAAAUUCGACUUCUUGGUGUGCAUGAGUGCAUACAUUGGUGUUGUCUUUGGCAACAUUGAAAUUGGCUUGGUCAUGGCUGUUGGUUUAUCAUUGCUAAGGGUGUUGCUUUUUGUAGCAAGGCCAAGGACUUUAGUACUUGGUAAUAUCCCCAAUUCUAUGAUCUAUAGAAAUGUGGAGCAAUAUCCAAACACAAACAAUGUUCCAGGAGUUCUCAUACUUGACAUUGGAGCACCUAUUUACUUCACUAACUCAAGCUAUUUAAGAGAGAGGAUCUCAAGGUGGAUUGACGAUGAGGAAGACAAGUUAAAAUCUUCAGGAGAAACAACUUUGCAGUAUGUUAUACUUGAUAUGGGAGCUGUAGGUAACAUUGAUACAAGCGGAAUUAGCAUGUUCGAAGAGGUCAAGAAAAAUCUUGAUAGAAGAGAUCUCAAGCUAGUUUUGGCGAAUCCAGGAGCAGAGGUGAUGAAGAAGUUGAACAAGUCGAAAUUCACAGAGACAUUAGGACAAGAAUGGAUGUUCCUAACAGUAGGGGAAGCAGUGGAAGCAUGCAGCUACAUGCUUCACUCCUGCAAACCUAAAACUUCAGAAGAUGGUGAAUCCCAGAAAUGGAGCAACCAUGUUUGACUUCAAAUUAGUUAUUAGUAUUAUCGAACAGUGUUUGUUUUAGUGGCUCAUGCGUGCGUCUAAUUUGUAAAGAUUUUGGCUUAAAGGAGUCAAGAUUUUUCUGCAGUACUCUUCCAUAGAAUAAACUGGAAGGGGUUUUAUUUCUCUCCCACAUUUUGUAAAAUAAUGUGCUCCUAUUUAAAGAAUGAUUAUCACCUGUAUACCCAUUUGUAGCUUUUAUUUACCUGCAAUAUAUGCGGAACUUAAGAUUUCCUUUUCA